CAUUUUCCUUAUGGGCGGGACAAACAUUGUAAGCCCAGAAACCGAAGCCAAAUAGAAUAAACAACAAAGUUAGCUGUUCUAUUAGCUUUUAUUUACUGACAUGGCAGCGACGGAGCCUGCGACUUGUCCAGGCUCAACACCACCAGAGUCGGUAGUACCAGCUUGCAUGUUCGCACCGGACCGAGGAUGUUCUGAUGAUCCACCAGGUGAAGAAGGCUUUGAGGACUGCGAGGGUGAAAAUGGGGUUUCUGUGGAUUCUCUCGAUUUAAGCAACAAGCUGGUUCUUGUGAGCCCAACAGGAGAACAAUAUGAUUCAUUACUUCGACAACUAAGAGAGCGGAUAGAGGAGGGCUGUGGAGAGACCAUCUAUGUUGUUGGGUUGGGCUCAGAUGGAGGCGAUUAUGGUCUGGAUGAGAAGGACAUGGAAGCGUCCGUAGCCACAGUGCAGUCGCUAUGUGAACAGGUUGAGGCUGACUUAAUCCUGCUGAGAGACAGGACAGAAAGUGGUGGCAAGAUUCGGGACUACCUCAUCCGUCGACAUGUGGGGGAGCAGGAUUUCCUGGAAGUCAGAGUUGCAGUUGUCGGCAACGUGGAUGCUGGGAAGAGCACCUUGCUUGGUGUGCUGACCCAUGGCGAGCUAGACAACGGCAGAGGCUUCGCUCGACAGAAGCUCUUCAGACACAAGCACGAAAUGGAAAGUGGCAGGACCAGCAGCGUGGGUAAUGACAUCCUGGGCUUUGACCAGGAGGGACAGGUGGUUAACAAGCCAGACAGCCAUGGUGGGGGUUUAGACUGGAUAAAAAUCUGUGAGAAGUCCUCAAAGGUCAUCACCUUUAUUGACCUGGCCGGCCAUGAGAAGUAUCUCAAAACCACUGUUUUUGGCAUGACAGGCCACCUGCCUGAUUUCUGCAUGCUUAUGAUUGGCAGUAAUGCAGGGAUAGUUGGCAUGACUAAAGAACAUCUUGGUCUGGCUUUAGCCCUAAAUGUACCCGUCUUUGUAGUUGUUACAAAGAUAGAUAUGUGUCCAGCUAACAUCCUGCAAGAGACACUAAAAUUACUACAGAGAUUAUUAAAGUCACCGGGCUGCAGAAAGAUCCCCGUACUAGUCCAGAACAAGGACGAUGUCGUCGUCACAGCCUCCAACUUUAGCUCAGCGAGGAUGUGUCCCAUUUUCCAAAUCUCAAACGUGACGGGGGAGAACAUGGACCUGCUGAAGAUGUUCUUAAACCUCCUCUCCCCAAGGACGACUUAUAACAAUGAUGAGCCAGCAGAGUUCCAGAUAGACGACACAUACUCAGUACCGGGUGUGGGUACAGUAGUUUCUGGUACCACACUGCGUGGAGUAAUACGACUCAACGAUACGUUACUCUUAGGCCCAGACCCGCUUGGCACCUUCAUCCCUAUUGCUGUGAAGUCCAUCCAUCGCAAAAGAAUGCCUGUUAAAGAGGUUCAUGGUGGGCAGACGGCAUCCUUUGCUUUGAAAAAGAUAAAAAGGUCAUCAAUAAGAAAAGGAAUGGUGAUGGUCUCUCCAAAACUAAUGCCUCAAGCUACUUGGGAAUUUGAGGCUGAAAUCUUGGUGCUUCACCAUCCAACCACAAUAUCUCCAAGAUACCAGGCAAUGGUCCACUGUGGCAGCAUUAGGCAGACUGCCACUAUCCUCACCAUGAACAAAGACUGUCUAAGGACAGGGGACAAGGCUUCAGUCCAUUUCCGCUUCAUUAAAACGCCGGAAUAUCUGCACUGUGAUCAGAAGCUCGUAUUCAGGGAAGGUCGAACCAAAGCCGUAGGCAGAAUCAUGAAGCUUCUCCAGUCAGUUGGCACACAGGCUGCUAAAGCCCAGCAGUCCAAGUCUCAGGCCAAUAAGAAGUUUUCUAGAGACGGGACAACAGGGAAUGAAGACGCUGGAUCAACUAACCAACCACAAAGUCCAACAACAUCAACAGUGGCAGAGGAGGCUUUUUGUAAAGAAGACGACAAAGAAAACAAGCUGAAAUCAGGAGGCGGGGGCCGUCGAAGAGGGGGUCAGAGACAUCGAGGGAAAGGUCCAAAUGCUCCUAACAUGUCUUCAGGAAUGCCAACAGGAGCAGCAGGCUCAUCCUAAAAGCUCAAGAUUCACUGUAUCAUCAUUAUCCCUCUGCUGGUUGUCUAAAAAGAAACAAUGGUCUUUCAACUUGCUUUUUUUUAAAGAUUCUUAUUGAUCCACAUUGGACUGUUGAAAGAAAACAUGUUUGUAUUUGUGGAUUGCAAUAGAUACUUCCCUAUUUUUACUGAAACUUUUCAGACAUUUUUUCAGGACAUCCUCAGAGGCAUUACUUCUUUUUACCCACUUUCCAGUUUUCAAAACUGUUAUUUUCUUUAUUUUACUGUACUCUUAUGCCCACCUUUACCUGCCUCCACUGUUUAUUUGGGAUAAAGUUUCUGUAAGUUUGCUGUAAGUUUCCUGAAUCAAGCAAAUUAGAGCAGACAGAAUGUUUUCUGUCUCUCAGUUCUUUAAAGUGAAUCUGUUUUAUAGGAAGUGGCAUUGUCAUUUUGGUUUGGAGUCGUCUUGACAGUGAGUAGAUGUCGGACAUGUUGGCUGUAGCAAUCUGACAGCAAGUACUCAAUAAACGCAGCUGCUUUGUUAGUUUACACAAAUAUUACUGUGAAAGGUAGCAGUUUUUAUGGAACAUGGCUAAUGAUUAAUUUUGCUGUGAGAAAAUGGUGUGUAUUUGGGUAAUAUUUCGGAAAUGUGGAAGAAAAUACCUGGCCCCUGCUCACAAAGUGGGAUAAGUACUUAAAAAUAUUUCUAUAACCCAAGUUUUCUAUUUCCGAAAGCUACAAAGCUGUUAUCCUGAGGCAUUUAACUACCUAAACCAGCUCUGGUCUUCAGCAGGUUUUGUUGAUCUUACUCUGAGUUUGAAAUGUCAGUAAAGGAAUGUUUUUCACUGUAGGAGUCUGUAGAUCUUGAACAGCAAAUACUCAAUGCAAUUAGAUGUAUUUUAAUAUCUGGAUUCAAAUAUAUUUGAAUAUCAUUUUCUCGCUAAUCAAUAAUUAACCUGGAUAAAAUGUAUGUUGCAGAUUUCUCAUAUAAAACAAGUACAAGUUCUUUGUAUGGCAUUUUGGUACUUUGGUUUUAUGAUAGGCUUAUACUUAACUCUAUGCUGAGCUUAUUCAUAACUGAGUUACCUUGUUGAUAUAAAAAAGAUUUGAAUAUCACUGAGCCAAAUAGGACUAUUCAGGAGUCUGCUGACAAUUCAAGCUAAUUUUAGCCUGCUUUCUAAAAUGCUAGACACCGUAGCUUUUACUUCAUUUGAAAUGAGGGGACAGUUGUAUAUGUUUUAUUUUCCUUUGUUUGCUAGAAUCUGUCGGUUUUUGUUUGACUCCUCUUAAUAGGGAGUCAAAGCACAAAGGAAGAAUUUCUUAAAAGUCAAACUACAAAAAUUGCCCAUAAAUUGCUCAGAAUAGAGUAACAUGACAUGCAGAUUCUAACAACCACAUUCUAAAACUACACCAUCAAAAGGAAUAAAAAUAGAAAUCUUUAAAAUGGAAAAAAGAAUUUAAGAAUUUGCUGGCCAGUGUUCUGCAUCUCCAGCAACAAUUGAGGAGUGUGAUGUUUAUGAACCAGAACACUGUGAUUCAUAUCCUAUUCAUAAUGAAUUCCCUUCCUCUUUGUUUUUCUCCAAAUGGCAUGCAACGAGUCCCACAGGAAGCUGGGGUAUGCCAAUCAAGGCUAUCAAGCAUCCAAAUCUACCUCUCUGCAAGAUCAACCAUCUGCACAAUUAUGGAAUGAUUUUCAAAAGAAACACAUUGAUCAAAGGGAGCAAAUUUAGCUACUAAUAUGUUUUCACUGUUAAAUACAAUUUCAGAAAAUGCCAUCUGAUUUCUUUUAGAGCUCUAUUUUUCUGGCUGGGCAGGGUUGGGUUGCAGUUAGUUUGCCUCUGAGAGGUUUUGCAUAGUGAAUUCUCCCUGGAAAGUUUCUGACUCAGAGGCUACAGCCAUGUUUGCACCCUGUGGAAUCUGUAUUUUGAAAGCAAUCUGCUAUACCUUUUUCGUCUUGUGUGAAAGCCCAACUUUCCCACAAUGACAGCUUAUUCUUUACCAUUUUUCCAUAAAGGCCAAGACACGUACUGAUAAAGAUUCUCAGAGAGAUUCUAACUUCACCCAAAAAUGUAUAUGAAAGAGUUUUAACUUAAACGUGAUUCAGAUAAUUGCUUGGAGCUACUUUUAGUCUUAGGCUGCUUGAUGUCCUCAUUCUGAUACUGAGAAUGUAUUCAGACUGGUGUAUUUAACAAAGUUCAUGUUGAGAUGCAAGGAUGGAAAAGGAGGGAAGUGAUAAACAAACUGAAACGAAACAGGUUGUCAGGACCCAGGUAGGCUAAUACAGGCUGAAGUGUAGGAUAAGUCAAUUGAUACCAAUUGAUGUGCCUUGCGAUGUCCCUGCAUACCCCUCAGAAAGUAUGUAGUUGCGCCCCUGAUAAAAUUAUCUAAAAUAACCUUGACCUGUCUCCAAACAGAACUAUUGCUAGCAUCACGAGUCAAAAUCUGAUCACCUUGUUUUAGUUUGCAAUUGAUUCAUUUAGAUUUCUUGUGCAUGUGUCUUAAAACAUAAUGCAUAUUUAGCUUAACUGGGAUAGUCGGAUGGCUCGCAGCCGAUGUUGUAAAAAUUCCUUUAUUUUCAAAUCCUAAACUUAACAGGUGUGGGAGUUUGUGAGGAAUCAAGCACUUAUCCUUGUUUUACUGGCAUUUGGUGCCGAUACUAUUUAGGGUUGCCACAGAAGAAAGUUGACAUUAAAGAUAUAAGGAAGAUUAUUUUUCUGUUGUGGUGGCUGGCAGUGAGCAGAAAGUGCCAACAGGGAACAGGUUAAAAAAAAACCUGUACUGCUAUGCAUCUUUGCACUUAGCUUUGUGUCCACACACUUGGUCUGCCCCCAUGGAGUCACUUCUUAAUAAACU